AGCGAAGUUGUAGAAGAUCAGCAUCAGAGUCAGCCAGUUCAAGAGUUUGAUUCUUCGCUGGAUGGAUCCGUCGUGGAAGCAGCCUGUUGGUAUGGAUCGUUUUCUCACGCCAGCAACUACCGUUUUGUUCACACUUGCGUGUGCCUUAGAUGAAAUUAAUUAGCGUGUAGUGUUAUUCCACAUCCACCUAGUACUUCUACUUGCUCCGUUCAACUUCGAUGUAGCCGCGUCUACCAGAACGAACCAAAAUGACCUCCGAAAUCGCCCAUCUUCUGGCGGAUGAUACAACCUUCCAGUUUUCCCGAUACAUCGUCCCCAGCGAGACCAACUAUUGUGAGGAAAAUUAUCCCCUCCCCAUACCUAAAAGGCACGUUUCCGAAAAUUUGUGUUGCUGAUUUGAGACCACAAAUCGCGUCUGUCUUGCAAGAAGACAAGUGCGGAGGCUUCCCCGCCAUUAUGGAAGCGAUUUGGCAUGCAGCUGUUGCGCCUAGGGGGCAGCCGUUUCAUGCAAUGCUGAGCGACUAGUAGACCCAACGCCCCUACUUAGGCCGAGGAUCUGGCUGCGAUGCCUUGCUGCAAGACAAAUCGGAUUUGUGUACGCAAAUCCAGCACCAGAAGUUUCGUUUUGAUAUGGGGAGGGGGAGUAUUUCCUUUUGAUACCAACCCGGAUCAAGUUUUACGAAUCUUCGCCUACGGGACGAUAACUGAUGCAUUCGCACAAAAUUUCCUGCCCCAGCUUCCGCCAAACGCGGUGAAGAAACUCCGGCUAUUAACCCUCGUCAACAUCGCGAGUAGACAGACCGAAGUCCCGAUUGCAAAACUGGCGCAACAAUUGUUUCUAUCAAACAAAAAAAGUUCGUCACGAUCACUCAUGCGCAUUUUUGCAAUACAAAACUGUCUGUCAUGCGUAAAAAUGCAUCACAGCCAAACUUCAUAAGGGAUUUCCCUAGUGUUUCUGCAAUACAAGAAAAACCUGUGAUGCUGGAAAAAUUUCUCAUGCAAAACCUGCACGUUAGUAACUGUGACAAACUUUCUUCUUUCCAUAGUUUCCCGAAGUGGAUUGCAGGCAGGAGCUCCAACAGCAGCAGACGCCGGUAUUUUUACACGGCGUUUCUCCGGCUUUGGAUGAACAAGAGCGAGCGGAGCAAAUGAUGGACGCCGUUGAGGAGCUGAUCCGGGAAGCGAUCCAGAAAGGGUUUCUCACUGGCAAGAUUUCGCAUAUCAAAUGCAAAAAUGUCUGGGUCUGGAAGAUGGAUAGGUUUGUCAUGCAGGUUUUCCAUGACCCACGCGGUCUGCCAUGCACGGCCUAGCAUGACAGGUUCUGUGAGAUCUCUAUCAUGCCGUUCCUGCAUGAGAAACUGCCUCUAAACUUGUUCAAAGCAUGGACCUCUUUUGGUAAUCAUGCAACACAAAUUUUUCCACGAUCCAGAUGUAGCAUGACAAGUUACACUCUUGCAGACCCAGACAUAUUUGCAUUUGGUAUCGCACACAAGAAACGCACUACUCGUGUCCGCGGUGCAUCUCGCGUAUGAAAGCCUCAGAAUGGAAAUCCUCAAAGUGGAAAUGAUUUGUGAUGCAUGAAAUGCGACGCAAAAAAGACUGUAUUGCAGGGACCCAAUGGAGGCCGACAACUGUCCUGCUAGGGGUGAAGAGUUGGAGUGCUGCUUAGCACGAGAGAAGGGCACCCCUUUGACUCAAACUGCAUGACAGACAUGCUUUAAGUGCCCGUUAAAUUUCUCAUGCGCCGGGUACAAAUGCCACUUCAACUGAAGUCGUUUUUUUGCAUUACAAAUUAUUUCCACUUUGAGGAUUUCGAUUCUGAGUCUUUCAUAUCGCGAGGGACGUGGAAAAGCGCGAGAUUGCGAAUCUCAUUCGCGUUUUGAGCAAAUGGCGGGAGAGGUGCGACGAAACGGUGGGAGGGCUGACGGAUUGAUAGAACAAGAUCUUCAUCCUCUUGGGGCUCCUGGUUGAUGAUCCCUAAAUGCAAAUCCUAAACCCUUCAUCGCAAUGAAACUCUCUAGUACCAACGACAUGCUCUGCUUCUUGUGCUUGACGACACUCACAGAUUUGAAGCUUGUAUUGGAGUUCUCCACGCAUUUUUUAUCGCACAAACAUCAACAGCAACUCGUGAACUCCUAAGGAAGCAC